CCCGAACCAUGUCCAGGACAUCCUACGACAGAUAUCUCACUGUAUUCUCGCCGGAAGGCCGCUUGUACCAAGUCGAGUAUGCAUUCAAGGCCAUCUCUGGAUCGGGACAUACGUCGGUUGCUGUACGUGGAAAGGACACCUCUGUUGUAAUUAUCCAGAAGAAAGUCCCGGAUAAGCUCAUCGACGCAUCUACUGUCACUCAUCUCUUCAGCAUCACCCCCUAUAUUGGCUGUGUCAUGACGGGUCUCAUAGCUGACGCAAGAGCACAAGUCGCGCGCGCUCGCUCGCACGCUGCCAACUUCCACAAAGACUUUGGUUACGAGAUCACGCCGGACGCGCUCGCCAGACGAAUGGCCAACCUCAACCAAGUAUACACCCAACGCGCAGCCAUGCGCCCUUACGGAAUUUCUAUGAUCCUUAUCGGUAUUGACCCUGAAUUUGGCCCGCAAGUCUUCAAGCUUGAUCCUGCAGGGUACUUCGUCGGCUUCCAUGCAACCGCCGCUGGGCAGAAGCAACAAGAAGCGAUGAACCAUUUAGAGAAGAAGUGGAAGAAAUUGGAUAACGGGCGGGGUGCAGAUGAUGCGAUUGCCGCAGGCAAGACACUCAACAGGGCAGCAGUCAUCGAGAUGGCGAUCGAGGCGCUGUCAACAGUAUAUGCGUCGGACUACAAAGCCGGUGAAGUCGAGAUUGGGAUCGUAUCGACCAGCGAGGAUGAAGACCCUAAGACACGCGGCAAAUGGCGCAAAAUGGACGAAGCGGAGGUCCAGCAGUACCUGACAGCGUACGCAGAGAAGGACUGAGUAAUUCCAGAUCGCAAUGCAUACCUUGUACUUUUUACACUGUCGGGGUCAGGAGAACCGAUAAAUCAUUGAGGCGACGGCUC